GCAGGUCUCCAUCAGUCUGUUGAAUAAAACAUGAGGCUCCAUAUUGUGCUGUAGGAUUUCAGACGAGACACCUGGAGCAUCUUUAGAUCCAGAAGUGCAGCUUCAGUUCCGUUCAGUUGGCCGCAGGUGAGAGUCAUGAUGAGGUCGAGCUGUGUUUGGGCUCCGCUGUUGCUGAUGCUGCUGGUGCUGGCGGUUCCGAUGAUUCGCACAGAGCCCGACUCUGGCACUGUUAUUCCAGCUGAGAGUCGGCCGUGUGUGGACUGCCAUGCGUUCGAAUUCAUGCAACGAGCACUGCAGGACCUGAAGAAGACGGCGUUUAAUCUCGACUCACGGACUGAGAAUCUGGUGUUGAGAGCCGAGAGGAGGGCGCUGUGCGACUGCACACCUAUCAACACCUUAAACUAAACACCAUUGGAGAGUUUUCAGCCCAUCAUGCCAAUGUAUUGUGUACUUAUUCUUAUAAAAAAAAAAAAAAAAACAUGAACACUAGCCAAAUGCAACAUUUUCUUUACGUGUGUGGUCUAAAUAACUUCUUACAGAACACAAGACUGGCAUGUUACAGAGCUGUAUGAGCCAAGACUAUCUUAAUCAUUAUAGGUUGUUAUUUUAUGAUUCUAUAAUAAAUGUUGUGGAUAUACAGUGUAUGUAAUGUUAAAGCUUCAUUUCUUAAUAUUUAUAUUACUUAAUACUUAUUACACCUAAAUAGGCCGGAUAUAAUUUGCACAUUAGUACUGCUCUUCUGUGUCGCACUGUGGGCUUCUAGAGUUACAUUUUAAAUAUGGGACUGUUUAAUAUUAGACAUGCAGCAGAUAGAAGUAUUUUCAUGUAGAAAUCUGUAGAGAAGAAAUAUCUUAGAAGAAAUUUUAUAAUACAAAUGUAUGAUGUGUGUAGAAAAGGAAGUUCUCUGAGUUUUGUAAAUGUAUUGCUAAGAAAAGGCAGGAUAAAUGGACACAUUGGUUGUUUUAUACUGUCAUUAAAACGAUCACAACUCUGAUUGCCAUGUUGGUGUGACACUGAGUUGAAUAGAGUUUGUGCUGAUCUGCAGAGCUGUGAAGGUCAAUACACAGUGGCUCACUACAUGUAGCUGAAACGGUCACCAGUUUAGAAUAUAAGUAACUUUAAUGUUUUUUGUCAUUUGUACACAUUUUUAGUUGAAACCAUUUUAACGUGUCUGAAACAGAAUUAAACAGCAUUGAACACAGA